AUGGCUACCGCAAGCAUCCUAAAAUCAGGACUUCCUGAUCCAACAGUCCAUAUUACGACGCAUAACUCGGAUGGCAAAGCCACAUUGUACUCAGCAUCACCAAGCCAGUGGUCAUGGGUUGAUGAGUUCGGCGUUGGGCUCAAUGCAGUUUACACCACCUCGACAUUCCCAGUCUCGAUGAACAAUAACGCCGACAUUGAGUCGCAUGAAGCAACGAUUGCCUCAGCCAAACUUGGCCUGGUGCAGAAGAAUGGAACGGUGUGCCGCAUUGUCGACUAUGCACCGGAGAGCCCGCCGCACAUGCACCGCACUCAGAGCCUAGACUAUGGGGUUGUUCUCUCUGGUGAAAUGGUGAUGGAGCUUGAGGAUGGUAGCGAGACCAAGCUGAAGCCAGGAGAUGUCGUCGUGCAAAGGGGCACAAAUCACUCUUGGCACAAUCCAAGUAAAACAAUGUGGUCAAGAAUGCUCUUUGUCUUGCAGCAUAGCGAGCCAGUGAUUGUGGAUGGAAAAAGGCUGCGGGAAGAGAUUGGCUCGGCGGACAAACACAUCCCUAGGAGCGGAAACGAUGAGUAA